GCGGGAGCCGCAGCUGCGGUGGGACGUGCUGUCAGCCAGAGCCCGGCGCGGCUUUGUUUCUGGCAGGCGCAGCCCGCCCCGCGCUGCAGGGAAGGGAAGCGGAGUCCCUGAAACAAGGGUUCUUCGCCACCUGUGGCAGCCCGGCGUGUUUUGUUUGGUUAAGUACGAGUGUUUUGGAGAAAGAAGUCAGUUAGCAACCCCCUCCCCAACCCCAGUCAGUUGGGGAAGAGACGCAGAAUUGGGGUUUCUCCUUUCUGUACGGCUGUGGGGAGAACAAAAUGUCCCAUGCCGGCUUGAAUUGUCAUCAAGAAGCAGUGGGGUAGAGGGAGAGGAGGCACGAGUCCAAUUUUUUCUUUACAGCUUGUCUUUACGACUUGCCACCUGCUUCUUUGAAAUAGCAUCUUGCUUCCUUGCCUGAAACAUUGAGAAGCCCGUCAGUGGGGAAGGCCCAAAAUACAGCAAUUGCAUCCAAGUUGUGAAGUGUAGCUUGUAGCUGUCCUUAAAGGUCUUGUCUUUGCUAGGGAAUUUUACACCCCCCUCCAGAAUAAAAAUAAAGCAAUCAUUCUAUUUUCAUUUUACUACUGUAUUUUGAAAUUAAGGAGUUUUUCUGCUAAUGUGAAACAAAAUAUUUAGUUACCAAUUCUGGUCAUUUUUAUUUGUCUAGUAAGUUUAUUUGUGGUAGUAAGUAUUCAGACAGAAAUUGUCUUUCAUGUUCAUUAAUUAAACAGUGGUUCAUGGGAUUUUUUUUUUGAGUGGGCUAACUUUUUAUUUUAUUUACAAAGUAUACAGCCUGCGAAAUACUGCUUAUCACAAACAAGUGAUAAUGUUUCUUACUCCUGCCUGCAUUUAUCUAGUAUUCAUAAGGCUUACACUCUAGUUUGUGUCCUUGGACAAGACUCAGCACAUGGCCUGUGUAUUAAAAAUCCCCAGAAUAAGAAUGAGUUAAAAUGAACGUGAUACAGAUGAAAUGAGAUGUCCCCAGCAUACCAUGGUAGAUGUGGCAAAGGAAGAGACUAUGGAUGACAUCACAUAUAGAAGCAACACUGUACUUUCUGAUGUUCAUCUGCACAUCCCAAGCAAAAGACAUCUCAUGGUGCGGUUGAAUACUGUUGGACAGCCAGUAUUUCUGUCACAAUUUCAGCUUCUUUUGAACAAAAAUAAUUGGGAGUCUGAGACAGAAAAUGAAAAAGAACUUACAACAGAAAAUACGGGAUACCAAACCAGAGGUGGGAAGGAAUUGUGUGACAAAGGUAGUAAUGAUCUAGAUUUUCUCAACAAAAAUGGAAGAGAAGCAAACAAUUUUAAAGGGAUAGAAGCUCUGCUGGAUGAUGAUGGGGAUCUGGAAGUGGUCAGAAGACCUCGAUAUGUGUCUGAUCCAGAAGUGGAGGAUCUUUCGAGGGACAAAGUAUAUCCCAUAAUUCUGAUGAAAGGAGGAGAAGGUAUUUUUGAAGAUGCAAAGCAAGAAAGUACCUACAAUAAUAUUAUUAAAAUAGAGCAUACAAUGGCAACACCAUUGGAAGAUGUUGGUAAACAAGUCUGGCGAGGAGCCUUUCUUCUUGCAGAUUAUAUCUUGUUCAAACGGGAUAUGUUCAGAUGUUGCACGGUACUAGAGCUUGGAGGAGGCACUGGAAUUACAAGCAUUGUCAUGGCCAUGGUUGCUAAGACUGUAUACUGCACAGAUGUUGGUGAAGAUCUUCUCUCUAUGUGUGAGCAAAAUGUAACAUUAAACAAACAUCUUACAGAGCCAGCAGGAGGUGAAGUUAAGGUAAAAGAGCUGGACUGGCUGAAAGAUGAGUUCUGUACAGACCCUGAAGCUCCCUACAGUUGGUCUGAAGCAGAGAUUGCUGAUUUGCAUGACCACACCACGGUGAUACUGGCAGCUGAUGUUUUUUAUGAUGAUGACUUAACAGAUGCUUUAUUCAAAACACUGUACAAAAUCACCCACAACUUGAAAAACUCUUGUACAAUUUACUUAUCAAUAGAAAAGAGGCUGAACUUCACCUUAAGACAUAUGGACAUUACAUGUGAAGCUUACAAUCAUUUUCGAAAUACUUUGAAUGAUCUGGAAAACUUACAAGAUAGCAAAAUGAAAUAUACUUCUGAGCCCAUUAAGCUUGGUUUCUGCCAAUUUCUCGUUUAUGAACGGAUUGAGCAGUUGGAGCUAUGGAAGAUCAUUGCUGAACCACUUAUGUGACCUCUUUCACAUAAGAUAGCUGAAAACCUUGACGCAGAAAAUUAAUGCUAUUCUACAAAUAAAACAGUUGAGAGUUUUUUCCAGAAGAUGUGUUCCCAAUGGAACCAUAAGGCAUGAAACUGAAUUUGAUGCAGAUUUGCCUUAAAUUAAUUAAAUAUAUCUUGUAUCACUUAGAGGAUGAUUUCUUUAUAGUUUAAUUUAUAUGAUGCUGUUUUUAAAUUGCUUCUCAUAGUACAGAUCUGAAAACUGCUUUUAACUACUUCUGUCAACUUUGUGAUGGAUCCACAGAUAACUGGCUGUCUAAUAGUAGUGAUAAGGUGUCUCUACUCCUGGGACCAGUAAUUUUUUUUCCUAUGACUUUGUCCCUGUACCCUAAUAACCACCUAUCCAACCUCUUUCCAUGUUACAGAAGUGUCAGUCUCAUACACUUAUAUUUAUAUCUAAUAAUCAGUAAACUCAGUCAGACCCAGAUUCUAAUUCCAUACCAUGUUGAUAUUAUAGACUCUUGUGGAGUGAUCUGCAAUAGGCCAAACUGCUUUUCACCAGGUGGUGUUUCCUCAGUUCAGAGCGAUCUAUUUUUAAAACUUUGGAAUGAACUAUGAAAAUGGAGGACUACCUUUACCUUUUCCCCUACAUGGACCUUUUUAGUGUAGAGGCCAGGAUUUCAACUGACGCACAGAGUUCAGCCUUCAGGUUUUGUAUGCCUCCCUCUGGAGCAAUCCUGCUCACAUCUUAUGCUGUUCAAUCCCUGCUAAGCUGAGGGUGGCAUGAAUUGUCCACCCUCUUUCAGUCCAUGGAAUUCUAGCCUCACAACAUACCUGUGGGUGGGUGAGAUUAUAGGAGAAGGAGGAAGUUAAUGCCAUUGAGCCUCUUUUGCAUUGCCCACUCACACAUUCUUGGACCUCGGCUAUUAAAUAAAAGUAAGGUUUGUUGAUCACAGCUCUCCUGGUUAAUAAAAACACCCCUCACAAUAUAUGUUUAUAUUUCUGCCAUAAUUUUUUUUGGGUGGAGGUAAUCCAUCAUGGUCGCCCACUUCCCCACACCUGCAGUCAUGGGAACUCUUCCUCCUGCUGAAGAGCUCUAGACUUCUUCUCUAGAGUCGUUUUUAGUGGGUUAAAGUGCUGCAUGCUGCUCCCAGUGUCUGAACGUGCUGCUUCCAUAGUUCUUCCAGCCCAGAGAGCUGUGAUCUUCCAUGUAGUAAUGUGUUGCACUUUAUACUAGAUUGCCAAACAAGGCCUCUAGUAGUAGUUUUAAAAGAGGGUUUAUGCUUGAUUUGGUUCAUUCUUCUAGGGAAUUAAUUACUGCUUUUCUCUUUACAUGCAUGAGGAUAUUAUUUCUAUGUGAUGUUCUUAGUUGGGUUAAAAGAGUUUUGUGGGAGGGUUUUGUUGGUGGUUUUGUUUGUUUUUGGUUAGAAGCACUUUAGAUAGCACAGUUGAUCCAUUAACCAUAUGGUUUAAUAUAUCCUUGACUAGAUUUGUGUAGCACAUCAGUCUGUGAAAACCCUUAUUUAACCAUCUUAAAACACUUGGGUAAUUAUUUUGUAAUGAUGAUCUUAGUCCAGGUGUAGUUCAUUAUACCAGAUAGGUGCAUUGAUCAGAGAGGCUACAUAUUGUAUCUUGGAUAAUAUGUGGUAAGACUGACUUCAAGAGCCCAGAACCUCCCAUUUGGGCAUCUAAAGAAGUGGCCAGCUCUUUAAAACUGCAUCAUGCCCAGCAGUAGACAAGCUGCUGCCAGGUGCUGAGCAGUGUUAGAAGUCUGGCCACUUCAUGUAGGUACCCAAGUUGGAGUUGAGCUGUUUGUGUUGAUCACUUUUAGGGGAAAAACUUGUAUUUAAUUUUAUGAAGUACAUUGACAAUUUAAUAGGUGUGCUGAAAUGUGCCUUACAGCAUUUAUCUAAUAUAUCAAAACUCUACAGUUUUUGCAUUUUUAAAAGUGAUAUUAACACAGCAAACGAGCAAUUGUUUCAUAUUUCUUAGCUUGCUGUAUAAUGUCAAUAAAUUGCUGCCAAAGAAGUUUCAGCCAGAAACAAACUUUUACAACCAAGUUAUAAGGUUUAGAAAAUAUGGAGAUCUUGGGUCAGUGGUGACUGCUGAAAGGAAGUGCAGCCUUUGCAGUUGUGGAAUGUGCUUUUUGCAAAACUGUUUUGCUGCGUAAUUAAUGUGGCGAAAGGCUUUUGUUCUUGGGCAAAUACUAAAGCCAUGAUUUUACUUUGAAAAUUAAUUUGUGUUUUGAAAGUGUGGUGUAACAAGAAAAAUGAAACAGCACCUUUAUGUGGAAAAGUUGUGUGUGCUUAAGGGAGGGUUUUUACUAUUUCUGUGCAGAUUUUUUACUUUCAGAGAAGCUUGAAAAGGCCACCCAACCACCAGCAGAAGGAAACUUUGGAUCAUACAGGUAGUGACGUAGAUGUAUUCACUUUUUUUAACAUAACUGGUUCUGAUUAGAUCUAAAUGGAGUAUUGCAUACUGAGAUCCAUUGUAUGAGGGAAAGUGAAAGCCAGUUAUGUUUAAAAUAAAAGAGAGGGUGGUAUUUAUUCACUUAAAAUAAAUAAUUUUGUAGGUAAUCAAAGGUAAUUCUUUUCUCUCUCUGGAAUGUUUAAGUUUGGCUAUACUUUAAAAGUGAUGCUGUUUUUUUUAAAAAUAUUGGUUACGUUUUUGGACUAAUGACUUUCAUUUAGAGUUGCUCCCAUUAUGAUUAAAAAUGGCUGUGGCUGCAGUUUCAGUUGAAGUCCUGCUGUGUUGCUCCUUAUCACCAGUAACAGAUUCUGCAACCAAAAAUGGGUAACAGCUCUGAGGGUGCAAAAGCCAGAAAGGGAACUUUCGCUCUCAUCAAUGUACUUAGUUGUCCAGUACUAGCAUAUAAAAAAAGGAAAAACCUAUGCCAGAAAGUUAGGCAGGUAUUACUCAGCAUAUCUAGAGUAAAAGUUUUGAGUAAGAAUGUGCAGUGCUUACAUAGCCAUGUUUCUGACCAUAACACCACUUUUUAAGUAGUACUAAUACCAUGUGAUCUUACUGAGGACUUACUAUGCACAUUUCAGCCUAAAGCAAUUUAAUUUGUUCUAUUGAGAGCAACAAAACCAAAAGUUUGUACAAAACUGUAUAUACGAGUGAUGCAUCCAUAAAUUUAGUUUUCACCUUCUCUAAUUUGACUUCCAUUGUAUAUUUGGCAAAUGAUAUUUUUUCCUAAUAAAGCAUGAUUUAGAAAAUGCUACUAA